AUGUCUGGUCUUUCGGUCGAGCUUACGGCGCCUAAUGGUGUCAAGUACACACAACCUACUGGUCUGUUCAUUAACAAUGAAUGGGUCAAGUCUUCAAAGGGCAACAAGAUUUCUAGCAUAAACCCUAGUGACGAGAGCGAGAUUUGCUCUGUCGAAGCCGCCGAAGCCGAGGAUGUCAACAAGGCCGUUGCCGCAGCACGAAAGGCCUUCAAGGGAGAAUGGAGAGAAAUCGCCAGCACAGAAAGAGGAGAGCUCAUGAUCAAGUUGGCAAACCUGAUUGAACAACACAAGGAGGUCCUUGCAACAAUCGAGACAUGGGACAAUGGCAAACCAUACUCAGUCGCAUUGAAUGAGGACUUGGGCGAGGUCAUUGGCACACUCAAGUACUACGCUGGAUACGCAGACAAGAUUCACGGACAAGUGAUUGAUACCACACCAGCCAAGCUAGCCUACACAAUUCGCGAACCCAUUGGUGUCUGCGCGCAGAUCAUCCCUUGGAACUACCCUCUCGCCAUGGCAGCAUGGAAACUUGGUCCCGCUCUCGCUGCUGGAAACACCAUCGUCCUCAAGCCCGCCGAACAAACUCCCCUCGCUAUUCUCUACCUCGCCAACUUGAUCAAAGAAGCUGGUUUCCCACCAGGUGUCGUCAACAUUGUGAACGGCUAUGGUCGUGAGGCUGGCUCUGCUCUCGUGCAGCACAUGGAUGUCGACAAGGUCGCUUUCACUGGCUCCACCGCGACAGGUCGCGAAAUUAUGAAGAUGGCAGCUGUCAACCUCAAGAACAUCACACUCGAAACUGGCGGCAAGUCUCCUCUUUUGGUAUUCGACGAUGCAGACCUUGAUCAGGCAGUCAAGUGGGCACACAUCGGUAUCAUGUCAAACCAAGGCCAGAUCUGCACAGCUACUUCGCGUAUCCUUGUGCAAGAAGGCAUCUACGACAAAUUCAUCUCAGCAUUCAAGGAGCACUGCAAGGAGACCAGUGUUGUCGGUGACCCCUUCGCAGAGACCACUUUCCAGGGUCCUCAAGUUACCAAGGCACAGUACGAGCGCGUUUUGUCCUACGUCGAAGCCGGCAAGUCCGAGGGUGCCAAACUGAUCUCAGGCGGCGAGCCCUUCAAGCAAGACGGCAAGGGUUUCUUCGUCAAGCCCACCAUUUUCGUCGAUGUCAAGGAUGACAUGAGGGUCUUCAAGGAAGAGGUGUUUGGACCUUUUGUCGUCAUUUCAUCAUUCAAGGAUGAGCAAGAGGCAGUCGACAGAGCCAACAACACUACCUAUGGUUUGGGCUCUGCGGUCUUUACUCAGGAUAUCACAAAGGCACACCGUGUGGCAAGAAACAUCGAGGCUGGUAUGGUAUGGAUCAACUCGAGCAAUGACUCGGACUUCCGUAUUCCUUUCGGAGGUGUCAAGCAGAGUGGUAUCGGCAGAGAGUUGGGCGAGGCUGGUCUUGAAGCCUACACCAACAAGAAGGCCAUCCACGUCAACUUGGGCACGAAGCUGUAG